AUGAUUUUGCUCUCAGUGGCAUUGUUUAUCUCUCUCCUUGUCUGUGGGCUGCUCCCGCUGUCGAGAGCCCAAGCCGAAGACCUGGCGCUCGCUCAGCUCUCGCGCACCAAGCGGUCGACAGGCUCCAAAGAUGGCGUAGUCAGAGCUUCUCCAGUCCACAAGCCAGAAGAUCUCGCAUUUGAGGCUCCUCCACUCGGACAUACGCUCGGAGCGACAGGAGGAGACGCACCGCUCGACUUGCUCAAGGAUGUCCAGCUGCUCGACACCGUCCUCCUCGCCAGUGUUGAUGGCAGAUUUCAUGCAGUCAACCGAUCGACCGGGCGGCCCAUCUGGUCCAUGCAGGACGACAGCACGGCGGCACCUUCCCAGAACCUCCUCCACAAUCUCGUGCGAACUCAGCACAAUACCAACGUGGCAGCGGAUCUAGACCCUGAAUCACAACAGUUAUACAUAAUAGAACCCCAGUCGGGCGACAUUUUCAUCUUGCCCUCUUCCUCAACCGAUAGCGAAGAGUCAGAACCACUUCGGCGUCUUCCUUACUCUGUCCCUCAGUUGGUCGAGCUCUCGCCUUUUAGCUUCGAUGACCCAAACCGCGUCUUCGUCGGCCACAAGGAAACAAGUAUCAUCGAACUCGACUUGGAUGAAGGAGUUGUGAACCGUGUGAUGGGCAGUACCAAUCACUGGCAGAACCCUCUUGACGAGUCUGACGACUGGGUGGACCAACGACGGAGACGAGUCGUCCAGAUUGGGCGCACAGACUACACCAUCAAGGUUAUAUCUCACAACACUGUCCUUCAGACCCUCUCCUUUUCAAGCUACGGACCCAAUAACAUGCACAAGUCGUUACAAGGAGCAUGGAGGCGGACCCCCGACGGCAUCUAUCUCGAGUCCGACUGGGAAGGCCGAAUGUAUGCCUUUGAAAGCAAAGGAGAGCACGCGCUCUGGGCUACCAAAUUCCAGGAGCCUAUCGUCGCCGUCUUCGACGUCGUCGCUCAGGGAUCUGGGCCAAGGUCAAAGCCGUUCAUCUUGUUGCAGCCGCGACCAAAGCUCCAAGAGCUGUUCCGCACAAGGGCUGCGGCCUUUGCUGAAGUCCCAGAUAAGACUGUCAUCAGCCGCAUUGGAGACUCUUUGUUCGCUAUGGGCCAUGUGAACUAUCCAUUGGUCAAUAUGGCCAACCCUCCUCGGCGCAUCGAGGCGUCGGACACGGAACUGGUGCCGAGAUGCGAAGGGUUGGAUUGCUUUGUGGGCCUCAGAAUUGCUCAGAGAGAUGACAAAGUUUCUCGCAUUUCGCGACUCCUUGACCCUGCACCAUCCCCCGAGUCCGCGAGCAGUCCAUCUGAGAAAAAGGUGGAGCAAGAAAAAAACGUGCUGGAGCAACCAGAACCCUCAAGCUCCGAGUUUGCGGCUCUUCCAUUCCCUUCUCGACUGACAGAAGGUACUACCGAGAGUCAAGUCAUCGGACUCCUGUCACAGAGCGACAAUAUUAGGCCCAAGCUCGAAAGGGCACCCAGUUGGGCGCUUCUCAUCCCACUGGUUGGUGGCUUUGUUGCCGUCUGGCUCAUAUUACGCAAGUAUAUGAACACCAAUGCCAAUCGCGAGGAUCGGCCUACCAGACGCGAGUCCAUGGGAUCCCAUGAAAGCUUCAUUGUUCGGCCAUCUCACUCGCGGCAGUCGAGCAUUUCCAGAAGCCGUAAUUCCCAUGCCAUUUUCGUCGGUGCAACAACGUAUACAACCCCUGCGACUCCUGCAGCUCUGGAUGCGGACCUUAUGCCUGAACAAAGCGAGAAGGUCAAUGUCAUCUCGCCGAGCGAUGAUCCGGACGUCAACAUUACUCUCGCCGUCGAGGAGGCGCGAGUCGGUGCCGGUUUGGGCGUGCCAAGCGAUGUGCGAGAUGGGGAUGAGAGCGACAAGGAAGAAGGGGAUCAACAGGAUGGUAAGAAGAAGCGACGACGGGGUGGGAGAGGCAAGAAGAAUAAGAAUAAGGCCCCGCCAGCCGAUGCUGCCAGUGGUUCUCAAAGCAAUGGCAAGAGCUCGUCUGAUUCCGCAUCUGGUUCCAAUGGCUAUGUCAUGGUAGAUCGGGAGAUCAACGUCGAACCAACACCGGCGAAAAUGGAACUUCCGCUUCCUGUCACAACCUCCUCGUCCAGUCUUGUCGUCGGCAAUAAGAUUUUGGGAUAUGGAUCCCACGGCACAAUCGUGUAUGAGGGCUCGCUUCAAGGGCGUGCCGUCGCCGUGAAACGUCUGCUGCAAGACUUUGUUACUCUUGCCUCUCAUGAGGUCACGGUGCUCCUCCAAGCAGACGACCACCCUAACGUCAUUCGAUAUUUCUUCUCUAUGACUCGCGAGAGCUUCCUCUACAUUGCCUUGGAGUUGUGCCCUUGCUCGUUGGCGGAUCUCAUUGAAACUCCAAGCAAGCACCCUGCAAUCGUCGGUAGCUUUGAUCCAAAAAAGGCACUUUCGCAGAUCACACAAGGUCUUCGACAUCUCCACAAUCUCAAAAUUGUCCACAGAGACAUCAAGCCUCAAAACAUCUUGGUGUCUCGACCGAAAGGAGAUGGACAACACCGAAUGUUGAUUUCAGACUUUGGCUUGUGCAAGAAGCUCGAUGUGGAUCAGACGAGCUUCUUGCCAACCAUGGCUGCGGGUGGAGGUCAAAGCCUGUUUGCGGCAGGGACGCCAGGUUGGAGAGCUCCCGAGAUUUUGCGUGGAGACGUCAGUCUGGAAGAAGAGACCGGGUCCGACACGUCAAAGAACGGUUCAAAUCAGGGGUCAAGCAGCACACCUUCCAACGAAACUCGCCUUACCAAAUCGGUGGAUAUCUUUGCCCUUGGGUGUCUCUUCUACUAUGUUCUCGUCAAUGGAGAGCAUCCAUUUGGUGAGAGGUAUAUACGAGAAGUCAAUAUCCUCAAGGGAGAGAUGAAUCUCUCCGGGUUGGAAAAGUUUGGCGAGGAAGGUGUCGAAGCUGAACAUCUGAUCGAGUGGAUGCUGGAACAGGAUCCCAAAGCAAGACCGGACACUGAUGCAAUAUUGCUUCAUCCAUUCUUCUGGACACCGGCGAAGCGACUCGCAUUCCUGCAGGACGCUUCCGAUCGGUUCGAGAUCAUGGAACGAGAGCCACGAGACCCCGGUCUUGUGGCAUUGGAGACUGGCGCGUUUGACGUCGUUGGUGCAGACUGGCACAAGCGAUUAGACAAAACAUUUAUCGACAACCUUGGCAAGUAUCGCAAGUAUCAAGGUGCUAGUGUUCAAGAUUUGCUAAGAGCGCUGCGAAACAAGAAACAUCACUAUCAAGAUUUGCCCGAUAAUGUCAAGCGACACCUGGGACCCCUUCCGGAUGGUUUCCUAUCUUACUUUACUCGACGAUUCCCUGCUCUUUUCUUGCACGUCUAUUCGACCAUCAGCGAUCUACCUCUCCGCCAUGAGCCCAUGUUCCGAACCUAUUUCGAGCUCGAGCAUUGA